UAGGCCUCCAAAUCUUUAGAUAGGAAAUUUAUUAUCUUUCUGUUCAGUGUAUGCUUGGAACCUAUUUAAAAAGCCACUUCAUUUUAUUGUAUUUAUUUCUUGAAAUGAUGUUAAAUGGGCAUCGACUAAAUCAUUUUAAUAUUUAAAUCAUAGCUACAGGCGAAAUAUUUAUAUCUUUUCAAUACUUUAUUUUUCAUAAUAUGGCCUAUUUUUGAUUGUUAUUGUUUGUAUCACGUGAUCCCUGUUCAUGUGAUUAGCCGCCAUAUCAAUUGGAUGGAUAAAGCUGCGGAACAAAAUUACUCGUCGUCUUAAAACAAGUUUUGUUGACGACUGUGAUCAAUGUAGAAUAGAUUCCAGGAAAUUUUUCCCUAAAGUAGAAAUGGAAAAUAAAAUUUAAGAUGAAUCAGAAAUUUAAGAAAAGCUGUAUUACAAGCACUGUGAAGUAAAUUAAUUUUAAAGUUGACAGGCUGAAACUAAACUAACAAUGGAUGUGUUCUCCAAACUAAGACCAUCAAAAUCCAGAAAAAACUCCCUGCCUGAUCACUCUACACCUCCAAGUAAGGAGGAAAUAAUCAAUGUCUUGGAGAAUUACACCCUGGAUAAACUAAAUACUAAGCAAGAGAAGAACAAUAACUCUGAUCACUUGUCUCGUGGAUCAAGUUUGGAUUAUAAGGGCGACAUGGUGGAAGAUGAAACCAAAUCAGCAUCGGCUAGCUUAUCACAUUCAUACAGUCUGGAGUGGGACAAGCUCUUCCACACGAAGGACAUGAUGAAGAAGUUGAAAGAGAGGGCGAUGGAAGGGGAGCUACGCAGUAGCAGGUUCAGAAGUUUAGUCUGGAAGAUCUUCCUUGAAGUUCUUCCACCCAGCAUGGAUGAGUGGAUUGAGAAAACCAGAAAGUCAAGGGCCAAAUUUGAGGAACUGAAAAACAGGUUGGUAGUUAAUCCAAGGAAAGCUGUGGAUUCUGUGGAUAUAACUCUCAAUAAUCCGCUCUCCCAAGAUGAAGAGAGUCCUUGGAAUAAAUUUUUUCAAGACAAUGAACUGCGAUUAACUAUAAAACAGGAUGUGAUCAGAACAACUUUUGGCAAACAUCAUUGGAAACAAUGUUUCCCUGAAGUAGAGUUCUUCAGAGGCCCAGAGCUGUACGAGAUGAUGAACGAUAUUCUCUUUUGCUAUAGCCGCGAGCUAGCCCAACAUUCAUACAAGCAGGGCAUGCAUGAGUUAUUAGCUCCGCUGAUAUUUGUCCUGCACUGUGAUCACCAGGCAUUUCUUCAUGCCUGUGAGAUAGAAUCUGUACUUUACUGUACACAAAACACCAGGGACAUUAUGAAAGAGGUAAUGGACCCAGCGUUCUUGGAACAUGAUGCUUACACCAUGUUCUGUCAAGUGAUGGAGACAGUGGAGCCUUGGUACCUGUCUAGGGAUAUUUUCUACAACAAUCCUAAGACUGGGUCAAUGCGGAGCUUAGAAAUCAUCAACGCCACACCUUUCUCAAGAUCUCAGGAUUUGAACCCCUCUAGCGCCAUCGUGACCAAACUGACCCGGAUUCAGGACUACAUUCUAAAGAAAUACGACCCUGAACUUCACCAGCACCUAGAGAGGCUGGAGAUAGCACCACAGAUCUACGGCAUACGCUGGCUGCGGUUAUUGUUUGGCCGAGAGUUCCCCAUGCAGGACCUCUUGAUGUUGUGGGACGCCAUCUUUGGUGACGGCAUUGGGUUCGACCUGGUGGAUUAUAUCUUUGUCUCGAUGCUCCUCUACAUCAGAGAGAUAUUACUGACCAAUGACUAUGCGACCUGCCUGACGGUGUUGAUGAAGUUCCCACCUGUAGCAGACGUCCAUUAUUUUGUUGUUAAAGCCAUCUGGCUGAGAGAGCCUAAUCAUCACCCGCGUCCACCCAGCUACACCCACCAGGGCAGUAUUCGAACCAGCACCAGCAUGGCGGGCAGCACUGACAGCAUCAGCAACACCAGCAGCACCCACAAAGACAGCACCACCACUGCCCAACCCUCACAUAACCAAGGCCAGAAAAGGCAGAAUAUUUCCAUGGGUGGGUUCUCCUCCUUCUCUCGCAAAUUCAGCCGCCCACGCACAUUGUCCGUACCCAAGUCGUCCAGCGAGCCAAUGAACCUGCAGACAGACAUGUCGCCUGAAACAAGCAACAACCCCAUUGGCUCAACAGUCAGUCUAUCCCAGGUGGAAGAGUCCAUGUUUAGGCACUCGGCUGUGACCUUGUCGCAGGUGGAAGAUUCCAUGUUCCGCCACUCAGGGAGGAUGGAGCCUGGAAAUCUGAGAUCAGCUCAGUCAAGUCCAGGAGUUCAUCACUCCAGUAUCUUCCCCCUGACUCCAGAUGACCCAUCCAUCACCAGCAGCCCAGUUUUGCCAGGUAAAUCCAAAAGCAAACAGAAGAAAUUGACCAAACAGGAGAAAGAUCUAGAAGACAAAGUCAUGCAUUUACAAGGGGAGCUAAAUGAUAAAAAUUCUAUGUGCAGAUAUUGUGCUAGUAAACUAGACGUUCAUAUUGGUCGUCUACAACAAGAACUUUCACGGCAAAAUUUUGAAAUUGAUGACGACAUUAUGUUAUCAUUAGCUGGUCUCAAACUGGUCCGCGACAUUUUGAACGGGACGCUGAAGUUUUCUCAAAACAUCGCUGCUGAUGAGGAGGAGAUCCACAUCAAUGACGACUUCUACAGCAGCCAACCAGAGGACGGUUACAGCUGCAGCACCGGCAUCACCUCCCCUGAAUCUGACAUUCUCCUAGGGGUCACCUCCGGCGCUGAUGUUGACCAGAAAGUGGACGGCCGCAGGGCCAGGCUGUUUUACAUGAGCAGCGAGGAGGUCAGCUCUCCUGACUCAUCCAGUGUUGCAGGUCAGGUGAGAGGGGGCGGGGGUAACGACCUCGGUCAGUUUGGUGACUAUGAAGGAAACAAAGUAACCAAUCAUGAAACCAGAGAGAGACAUCACUCGGGGGAAAAAAUGACGGCCGCCAACAACUCCACCCUUUUCUCCUCAAAAAUCCGAAGUUUUUUUAAAUCCGAUUCCCCACAGCACCAACCAAAAGAGAAACAAACGGCGCCAUCUUCUGGGUCAAGACCAUCACAGAAUACCACAACAGGGGGACACAGCUUUAAACAGCCAGCCCUGCAGCAGAGCGAGAACCCCUCGACCUUUGACCUGACUCACUCCAAUCAGGUUGAUAAAGAAUUAAUUAGCAUGGACAACAGACGACGAGCUCAAUCAAACCUUGAAACUCAGCAGACGUAUUGGCCGGAGUUUGUGUCAGACAGAAGCUCCUCCCAGGGGCAGUCCGCCAUGUCCUCCCAUGACCCGAGGGAUAGCCCGAGGAGACACGGGGAGUACAAGCUCAGGGAGAGAUCCAAAAGUCAACCCUCAGCAUCCCUAGACCUGUACCACAGGUCGGCAGAUGAAGAAGAGUUUGGGGUGAAUCCUUUGUACAAACUUCGCUACCACGAAAACAUGGAGCAUUAAGUUCUGUUAGUGUGGGACUUUUACCAAACAUCAAAUAAAGAUUGAGAUAAGUCCCUUAUAUAAACUUUGCUACCAUGAAAAUAUGGAGAAUUAGGGUGUCUUAGUAUGGACCUCUACCAAACAGCAUAUAAAGAUAAAAAUUCCUUGUACAAGCUUGGCUAUCUUGAAAACUUCAAGUGUGAUAAUGUGGACCAUUACCCAACAUUAAAGGAACAUUGUGAUAAAUCCCUUUCAUAAAACUUUCUUCCCACAAAAACAUGGAGUGAUAGUAUGGGCCUCUACCAAGCAUCAAAUGAAGAUAUAAAUUCCUUGUACAAACUUCACUAUCAUGAAAACAUGGAGCAUUAAGUGUGGUAGCAAUGACCGCUACUAAUUCACCAAAUGAAGAAGAAUGAGAUAAAUCCCUUAUACAAACUUUGUUAUGAAAGUAUUCAGUUGCUCAACUGGAUUCUACAUUGCAGUGUUUAUCCUUACAUAGAUUCUGUUAGUUAAACUAAGGCAGUUUUCUGUUUCAGAACAUGAAAUCCCCCCCCCCUCCCUUUAAAAAAAAUAAUUACAAUUAUAAUCACAUUUUAAGCAGAUGUAUUUAAUCUUUUAGCAUAUUCAAGCAUUACUUUAACAUCAGGUAUUUAGCACUGGUAUGAAGUUUAUGAUAUAGAAUCGUUAUUUUUUUAAAACUAAGGUGGAAAAAAAAAUUGUAUUGUUUAGCAUCCAUAUUGUUUUCUUUGUAGUUGAGAGCUUUGAAGGUGCAUUUAAUACCAAUCUUUCUUCUAGUCCAAUCCUUGUGACACCAUGAUGUUCAAAACUUUCCAUAUUUUAAUAUCCAUCCUAAGAGUCUAACCAUGUGCUGGAGCACAGUUCAUGUGCAAUAAUUAUAAUCAAUGAUUAGAGGGUACAGUAUAGUAAAUCCUCAAUGUUUGAACAAAAUGGAGGGGUGUGUGCUGAGUCAUCAUUUUUUUAAUGCUGUUAUUUUCAUCUCAUGUUUAAACACACCCAAUCUUACUUUUUAAAAUAAUUUUUGUCCAUGAAACAGUCCCAACGUGGAUUACCAAUCAAGAAUUAGGUUAAGUUUUUACAGAAAAAAGUACAAAUAACUAAGGUUUUAAUCUAAAAUAAAAUUAAGCUAAAGCAGAAGCUAGUAAAGGUGGAAGGAGGGGUAUCUCUAUUUAACCAUGACAUGUGUAUAUUAAUUUUGACAUUGGUAAAGAUAAUUCAAUGGAUGUGUUUUAGUUUCAUUUGGCCAAUUGAGCACAGCUUUUUAAUUUCUUAUUCUGUAAAUUACUUUGUUGGUAUAAAUUACCCGUUAUUACAAAAUUAUAUGUGAUACAAAAAAAGCUGUAUAUAAAUAUUUUGUUAAUUUUUCUUUUUUUAGUGGAUACAAAUUCUACUUUGCUCUGUACAUUGUUGAAACUAAUUCUUCUUUUUAGCAAAAAAAUAAUUAAAUUAAUUUCCUGUUUGUAUUAUUUUUGUUUGGCUUUUUUCUAAAAAAGUGAUUUCGGCUUGUAUUUGAAAAUCUAUUUUUGCAAGAAAUAUAUGUAGACUUUUAAAAAUAGAAACAAUUCCAACCCAUAAAUUUAGGAAUUAAAUUCUAAAAUUUAUAGUGCAAAUUUUAAAAUCUUCAGAACUUAAAUCAGUUAAUUUUUUGUUAAAUAAGCAGUGACUUCUGUAUGUUAUAUAAACUACUUAUUUUAUUAGCAAGCCUAUUUUUGCUUAGAGUUAUCUGCUCUUGUUGUCUGGAAAAAAUACAGGAGAAAAUCAUUAAUAAUUCUAGAGCCCUAUAUAAAUUAAUUCAAAUAAAUAUAUUUAGGGCCUAUAAUUAACAGAUAGAUAUAUACAUAGAUAUUAAAAAGUUUUAGUUUUAUUUAUAUUUUAUUGUUAUAGGCUUACAUAAUUUUAUUUUUUAAAAAGAGGAAUUUUUUUUUAAAAUCCUGACAGCGCAGGUCUACUUAAGAAUUCAAAAUAAUUUAACACCUUGCCUGAGUGCUGGUAUGUUUGUAUUUAACAGUUUUUCCCAGAGAUCUGCUGAAUAUCAAAUUCUAAACAAAUAAUAUAAACUGGGAUUCACCUCAAGUGUACAGAAUCUGUUGCUCAUGUGUGUGUUGUGUAUUUCUCGGAUAUGUUGUACUGAUUCUGUUAAUCAAGAUAUUAAACUAACUUUACGUCUGUGACCAAAACUAUGCUAAUCCAUUUGUGUUAUGAUGCUGUGCAUAAUUUAAAUUGUAAAUACAUGAAGACUAUUUUCAUUAAAGGUUCAUUAAAUGUUCGUAGCUAGAUCAGCUGUUGUGAUCAUUGUAUUUUGUUGCAACUAAAUUUUUAAGAUAUUUUUACAUUUCUGAAGUAUAAAUUAAGUCUUAGUAAUUUAGUACCAAAGUCUAUUAGUUAAAUGAUGUUAUAGUCUCAGCAAUCUAAGUAAUUAGUUAAAUGAGGUUAUUAAGUGUAACAAUAGUUUAGAUUAUUAGUAUGAAAUUGUUAAUAUGUGUAUCUGCAGGAUUUUGAUGGUAUAGCUAUGUUUGCUGUAUAAGCACUGUAGCUCUUGUCUGCUAUGUACAAUGGAAGUUAGUCAUUAGGUUAAUUAUGGUAAUUAGUAGAUACUAUUUAGACAAAGUCCUACAUAUUUACAUGGUAAACUGAACUUUUGAUUCACAAUAAAAAUAAUUGUAUGUGUACAUAUAUUUUGAAAUGUAUGGAAAAUGUGAAAUGAAUUAUGCCAUCCAUUUUAUUUUUAAAACAUUUUCACUGUUUAAUAAUUUAAAAAUUCUAUAGGAUUUACAUUUUUUUCUAUUUAUUUUUAAAUUGUUUCAUCAUAUAAUCCUUGCUACAUUUUAAAAUGUUAGUACUUACUGCAAUAUGGAACAUGUGCUUGCAAUUUUAAAAAUAAUAUUUAUCUGCGAAAAAACAUUCCUGAAUAAAAAUAUUGUUUUUAGAAUAAAUCUAUUGCAUGCAGUGUUCCAUGUAGGACCUACAGACCUCAAAUUUGGGGUUUUUCAUUGAACAAUUAUGCAGAUUUACCAACUAAACUUGUAUUUUCCUAGAUUAGUGCAUAUUUAAUGAAAAGUUAGGGGGGAAAAUGUAAUGUUGACUAUAGAAUGAUGUGAGAAUGAUAAUCAGAUACUCAACAAAUAUUUUACUCAUUUUGUACAUAGCUAUUAGUUGUAAUGAAAACCUCUUUGUUACUGUGAUCAUUAUAAUAAUUAAAAUCAAUGUCUUGUGAAUGAGAUCCACAUUAUGAUGGGUGUCUUGUUUAAUUAGAGAUUCCCUUAAACAUCUUUGUUGCUGUGAUCAUUAUAAUAAUUAAAAUCAAUGUCUUGUGAAAGAGAUCCUCAUUAUCAUGGGUGUCUUGUUUAAUUAGAGAUUCCAUUUAAACAUCUUUGUUGCUGUGAUUGUGUCUGGUUGAUGUCUAAAAUUUUGCACCCGUUAAGGGGGCUAUACAUUGUUUUGAUUUGAAAAAAAAGUUUUUUGUUCUAAAAAAGAAAUUUGUUCCUUUUAUUGUGU